UACAAGCAGCGGUUGUUUCAGAACUUGCGCUACUUUGUGACGUGUUUUGUCAUUCCAAAAUGGUAUCUGGGAUUCAGACUAUCGAUACCAGUCAUGAAGAUAUGAUUCAUGAUGCUCAAUUGGAUUAUUACGGUACAACUCUAGCAACAGCUUCGUCCGAUCACUCUAUAAAACUUUUCGAUGUUCGUAACAAGAAACAAGUUCUUAUAGCCCAUCUGCAAGAACAUCAAGGACCAGUGUGGAGUUUAAGUUGGUCUCAUCCAAUGUAUGGAAGUUUAUUGGCUUCUUGUGGUUACGAUCGUAAAGUGAUUAUUUGGCGGGAAGUCAAUGGACGUUGGGGGAAAGUUUAUGAAUAUGCUGAACAUGAUAGUUCGGUCAACUGUGUGUGCUGGGCGCCACAUUCCUAUGGCCUAAUGUUAGCCUGUGCUAGUUCAGAUGGAACUAUCUCCAUUCUUGUAUCAGAUGAAACGAAUACUUGGCGUGCAUUCCGUAUCACAGAUGCACACUCUGUCGGUGUUAAUAGUAUUUCAUGGGCCCCUGCUAUAAACGCGGAACACAUCUUCAACCCAUCAGCAACACAUGGUAUUAAUCCACCGGUUAAAAGGCUUGCCUCUGGUGGCUGUGAUUCUCUUAUUAAAAUUUGGCGAGAAGACAUUUCUUCUGGAAGUCCUGAAUGGAUUGAAGAAGCUCGUCUAGAUGGUCACACUGAUUGGGUACGUGAUGUUGCUUGGUGUCCAAGUCUCAAUGUUUCACGUCAGUUAAUCGCUUCAUGUGGUCAAGACGGACGAUUAAUGAUCUGGCAGUCGACUAAUGAAAUUGAAAAUCGUUCAAAUCCAUCUAUGACAGAUAAUCCUAAUUCUAGUGGAAUGGAAACAAAAGAGUAUGCAUCUAAACCAUACUGGCGGCCAACUGUACUUUACACAUAUUCCGAUGUUGUUUGGAAUGUUUCAUGGUCUGUAACUGGAAAUAUUCUAGCAGUAUCUGGAGGAGAUAAUAAGGUCACAUUGUGGAAAGAGAACUUAGAAGGUAAUUGGAUUGCGUUAAGUGAAAUUGCUCGUGGUCAAAAUGCGUCAAGCUUAUUGGGAGCUGAUGAGACUAGUCAAGCAUCUAAUCAGUCUACUACUCAGAUAGCUGCUUAAAUAAAAAUUAUAAUCUAGAGUGGGUGUCUGUUAACGACACUUUCUUCUUGUACACACACACACACACAUACAUAAAUACAUUGGUUCGCUUCUUUUUGGUUUAUGUUGUAAUUUAUCUCGUUAUUUAUCAAUCUAUCUAUUCUCUCUUACACUUUAUUUUGCUUCAAUGUAAUAAUAUAUAGUGUUUCUUAUUGUCUAAUUUGUUAAAUAUAUUCACCGUAUAAAAACUUAUUCUAAUAGACAUGUUUAUUGGUAUUGUCUUUAUUAUCAUACAAAGAAUGGUUUAUAAGUGUGAUGAGACAUCAUUUGGUUUUUCUACAAAAAUAAUUUACAUAACUCACUACUGACAGAAGUGAAUUUCAUUCUGAAAUUGAGCAUUAUUUUCGGCAGUUAUCAUCAUUAUUCCCUUAAGUUCUGAGUGGAAAAUAAGGCUUCAGCAGAAUAUCGCCAUUUCACCCUAUUCUGUGGUUCAGCGACGGCGGUCUGCUUAAAACUUGGGCUACCAAAAACUCCCAUCUCUCUCUUCCAUAUAUCUUCUCUCGUUCGGCUUGUUUUAAUCGAUUAAGAUAUGACCUCAAAUGAUAUUAUCUACUCUUGUGUGUAUUUAAAAUGUUUACAAGCUUCUGAUUCGCAAGUUCCUACUAAACUUGAAGAAAGGCCUGAUUGUGGGUGGCAACGUGUUCCAAUACAUGAGAUAACUGCUCGUCAGCUAUAUCCUUGGGUCUCAGAAUGUACUUCUGAACAUCUUACAAUUUACCUUCAACUGGAUAUCGUGGAUUUCUUGAAGGAGACAAAGCAGAUAUAUCAUAAUGGAAUGGUGGUUUGUGCUUCAGCUCAGAGACCAUUGUGUCACAGGAUAUACUGUCAAUUAAUAUUUUACUUGAAGAUAUUGUACUAAGGGAAAAUAUUAUGCAAUAAACUCCUGUG